CUAUGGUUACGCCGCGGCGUGGGAGGCCUUGUUGUCUCUACCCCAUCCCGGUUUCUCUUUCCCUUGGCUCGCGUCUGAGGUGCCGGCGGAAGGGACGGCGCCGCUUCCCCAUCAGGAAGGGAUUGAAAAGCAGGGGGGGCAAAGAUGGCGGCUGCCGUGAGGCAGGAGCUGACCCAGCUCAUGAGCUCCAGCGGCUCCCACAAGGACCUGGCGGGGAAGUAUCGGCAGAUAUUAGAGAAAGCAAUUCAGCUUUCGGGAAUGGAACAACUAGAGGCAUUAAAAGCAUUUGUUGAAGCAAUGGUGAAUGAAAAUGUCAGUUUAGUGAUUUCACGCCAGUUGCUGACAGAUUUCUGUACCCAUCUUCCAAGCCUUCCUGAUAGCACAGCCAAAGAAAUCUAUCACUUCACCUUGGAAAAGAUCCAGCCUCGUGUAAUUUCAUUUGAAGAGCAGGUUGCUUCUAUAAGACAGCAUCUUGCAUCAAUUUAUGAGAAAGAAGAAGACUGGCGGAAUGCAGCACAAGUGUUAGUGGGAAUUCCUUUGGAAACAGGACAAAAGCAAUACAAUGUGGACUAUAAGUUGGAGACCUAUCUGAAAAUUGCCCGACUGUAUCUGGAGGAUGAUGAUCCUGUUCAGGCUGAGGCUUAUAUCAACAGAGCAUCACUUCUUCAGAACGAAUCAACCAAUGAACAGUUACAAAUCCAUUAUAAGGUGUGCUACGCCCGUGUUCUUGACUAUAGAAGGAAGUUCAUUGAAGCUGCCCAGAGGUAUAAUGAGCUCUCUUACAAGAGUAUAGUCCAUGAAAGUGAGAGACUCGAGGCACUGAAACAUGCUUUGCAUUGUACCAUCUUAGCAUCAGCAGGACAGCAGCGUUCCCGUAUGUUAGCCACUCUCUUCAAGGAUGAGAGGUGCCAGCAGCUUGCAGCCUAUGGGAUACUGGAGAAAAUGUAUCUGGACAGGAUUAUCAGAGGGAACCAGUUGCAAGAAUUUGCUGCAAUGCUCAUGCCACACCAAAAAGCAACAACAGCUGAUGGUACUUGUGUCUCCAAGAGUUCCAGUAUUUUAGACAGAGCUGUAAUUGAACAUAAUUUGUUAUCUGCAAGCAAACUAUAUAACAACAUUACCUUUGAAGAACUUGGAGCAUUAUUAGAAAUUCCUGCAGCCAAGGCAGAAAAGAUAGCCUCCCAGAUGAUAACAGAGGGUCGCAUGAAUGGAUUUAUUGAUCAGAUUGAUGGAAUAGUUCACUUUGAAACUCGGGAAGCCUUACCUACGUGGGAUAAACAAAUUCAGUCGCUUUGCUUCCAAGUUAACAAUCUUUUGGAGAAGAUUAGUCAGACCGCCCCAGAAUGGACAGCGCAGGCUAUGGAAGCUCAGAUGGCUCAGUAGACUUUUAUUUCUUCCCCUUCUGUAGAGAACAGAUUUUUCUCUAAAAAUGUGAAACGAGCAUUAGAAACCGGACUUCUGGCUUUAGGUCGAUUUCUUCAAGACAAAAGUGUAGAUUGGUGUACAUUGUAUUAAAUCUCCUUAAGGGUUUUCUUAAUGGCACAGCAGCACAGCAUGAGAAUUGUUUUAAAAUGUCGUUUAAAAAUGACAGGAUGGAGUACAAAAGUGUGUUUAAUUUUUUUUUUUUUGGUAUUAAAAUUUAAGUUGUCUGGUGGCCUUGUGCAUAUUUUUGUGUUUUGAAAAUUGAGGUACCCAAUUCUCUUUAGCUGCAGUUAUUCAAAUAAAGACAAGAUAGCAGUUAA